ACUAUAAAUAUAACUUGCAUAUAAAAUCCCUUAAAUGUCAAUGUGUUCGUUCGGGUCGGCGCUAGGACCCCUCUGGGGACGUUUUUCAUCCAUUCAUUCCAGAAAUCCGUCGCUUUCUUUUAAUCUUUAUGACAACACCCGGCAGCGGCUCGUGGGUGGUGCCGAGGUGUGUGAAGACGGGACUGAGGAGGAAAUCAAAAACUUUUGCUCUCUCCGGGAACGAGCUCACUUGGAAAAGGCGAAGCCAAGAGGCGCAACUCCGCACUUUGAGCGCUGUGGAUACUACGUUGACGGACAUUGACAUUUCUUCAGAAACGCUUCUGAAGGAUACAUUCCCAGCUCACACUUGGCAGAAAGGAUGAUAUGUCCCAAACGUGCUUGGAAUAAUUAAUCGGACACUGACUGAUAUUUGAUGCAGCGGAACUGUGAAGCUACUUUUUUUAAACGGACCUUUUACAAACUACUUUUCUUUUUAAAAUCAAAUUCAACAAAUAAACAAUCGGAAUAAAUGUGCAAGAAAGUUUCAUGCAGCACAUGACCAUUGCUCAGAUGUCGGUCUCCAGAAAGUAAGUCAUUUUUCAAUUGUUGUUACGCCCCUGUAAGAAAUGAGACGGCCACGUUGAAAAAUAACUAUUAAUCACAUUUCAAAUGUUGGAAAUGCCUCGAAGCACCACGGCCAGUAGUCACCAGACGUCAAUUCGGUCGUCGCGCAAAAGCGAGUGGCUUCGAAGCGCUCUAGCCCAUCGUUAUGACCCGGAUCCAGGCGUGGAAAACGAGAUAGUGGUUCUCGCCACAGGCAUCGAUCAAUACUUGCAGGAGGUUUUCCAUCACCUUGCAUAUUACAACGGCGAUGAUCUCAUUUCGGGAGAGGAUUUCAGACUGUUAUGCUCUGUACUGGGGAUUCCCAUUUCUGCAGAGGGCGAAGAGGAGCAGGUAGACGGAGAGGAGGCGCGAGACAUCUGCUCGGGGCUACCCCGCGAGUUGCACUUCAAAGAGUUUCACAGGCGCCUCUGCGGGUAUUUCAACACACGCGCGCGUAACAGAACUGCAGACGCGCGCCUUCCAGUCACCGAAGAGACUGAGCACAUCGAGCGCGAGAUCAGGCUCCGGUGGCCUAGGGUGCGGAGGAGAAAGUGCGUCAGUUUCGACCUGUCCAAAAACGUUCACUCAGACAAGAGAGCAAUGUGCAGACCGGGUUCCUUGGUAAAGCCUGACAGUCUCAACUCAUUUGCACAACUGGAUGGCGAAACAGCAGGCUCCGGUCCCCAGUGGGUGGCGCUGCAGCAUCUGGAGGCCGAGAACGCGAGCCUGCGGGAGCUGGUGGAGGACCUGCGCUCCGCCCUGCAGGGCAGCGACGCCCGCUGCCUGGCGCUGGAGGUGGCGCUGCGUCGCCAGGACGGGUCGCCCCUGACGAAGUCCACCGGGGAGAGGAGAGGGGACGCCAGACUAGCCCAUCAGCCCAGGCGGGAGUGGACCGCUAGGGGGGUCACAAACCUCCUGAGGGAGCUCAACCUGAUUCGCGCCUCCCGUGACGGACAGCUGGAGGAGGCAAUGAAGUUCAAUCAGAGGCUGGAGGCGGAGCUCGAGGCAGCCUAUCGGGAGGGGCAGCAGCUGGAGGAGGCCCUGAUUCGGCUGCAGAGGGAGAACAGGCAGAUCAAGCAGAAGGCGGAGGAGGCGAGGACGGCCCUCGCGCGGGGCCUGGGCCUGGUCAGAGAGAUCCAGGGCCAGGCCUCCACGGUCCCCUCCCUGCAGGGCAGGAUCCGGGAACUGGAGGAGCAGCUUCAGAGUCUCAGGAAUGGCUGCACCUGCAGAACAGAACCAGAACCAGAACCAGAAAACUUAUCCAAUCCCCCAUCUAUGAUGGUUGGCCCCCCAUUGCAACUCUGCUCUACUGGGUCAGAUGAGUCUUACAUCAGAGAGGAAGGACUCCAGAGGGCAGUGGAGGGCCGGGCAGCCUCCGAUGAGGAAGAGGAGGACAGAGAGAACAAGAAGGAUGGCCAGUGCUGUCUGGUGGAGAUGAAGAAACUGAUCAACAGGCUGCCUAACUGUGGCAAAGGCUGCCAGAAGACGGCCGCCCGUCACCUGCUCAUCUCGCAGGGCUGUCUGAAUGACAUGGAGCCUGGUGGCAGCGGCUUAUCCGAGCUCACAGGACAGAGCCGCAGGAGGCACGGCCGUCUGGAGGAGAGGGAGAGUGAGCUGGAGAAGAUGUUGUCCCUGUUGGGUAAAGACCUGCAGCUGAAGCAGGAGGAGGUGGAGAUGCUGAGGAUGGAGGUGCAGAUGGUGGAGACGGAGAGAGUGCGUCUGUCCCUCCUCGAGGAGAAGCUGACGGACACACUGACGCUGCUGCUGCAGCUACGCACCAAGAACAUUUCCCGCAGAGCCUUUGGGAAGAUUAUUAUGGACACACUAGAUGUUUGCUGCAAAAACGGCCAUGGUCCCUCAAAUGGCCUGCAGGUGCUGGAGGCCCUCAGCGUGGAGCUGCUGUCCUGUGAGCUGCUGGGGGAGGAAGGCGGGGCACGGGCCGGCACGGGCACCUACCGAAACUCCGCCAACCCGCUGCUCAUAUCCUGCUGAGGGGCCGGGUCUUCGCCCCUGGGGUCCCCGAUACGGGACAGGCUCCUCAGACCCCGCUGGGCCGCGUGAGACGCGACAGGCUAACGUCAAGGCUGGCUAAUUUGACAAAGUUAAUCAGCUGUAUCGCUAGUGAUCAAGAAACCAGUACUCUUUGACUUUGCCAGUCAAAUGUAUGCAACACUAAUAAUGCACUUAUAAAACAAAAUCUCACAUUGCGACCUGUUUUUAUUUAUCUAUAUUAUUAUUAUUAUUAUUAUUAUUAUUCAAAGUAUUUUUAUUCAAACCAUUUUUGUGAUUUUUUAAAUUUGUACAGACUGUAUAAGGGAUAACCAUUUUGUUGUGAAGGGCAGGGAGCAUACUGCCCUCUGUUGGUGAACUCUGUAAAUGCAGAACUGAAAGUGAUUGCUAUAAAAAAAAAAUGCUUGGAGGUUAAUCCAGGUGAAUGUCACUGGGGAUAAGCUUUGGGAAGGAUAACCUCACAUUCUGUAUGUAAAUCACCUGUGGUACUUGUUUGUCCUGCAUUAUGUACAGACCUUCUGUGAGACCAAAUAAUAAAGAUAUUUCUUAAAAUA